UCCAGAGGGUUGAACAUGAACGUUUAUUCUGAGUCCUGCAGCUAAAAAUAACUCAACAAAUAUCUGGAGUAACUUUGACGUGAGACACUUUCAGGAAACUUUCAUGUUUUGAAGGAAAUUUCAUUAAUUUUUUAAAGAUUUCCAUCCUUAUUACAAACGACAGGACUUUGUUCCUUUGUGGGAUUUGUUAAGGAGAACCUUAUUGUUGCACAUGUGAAUCAUUUCUUGGUCUCCUUCAGACCAUGUCUAAGAUGCAGAGACACCAGCAGGAGGCGCUGUGGGAGUUCGUCCACACUGAGCUCACCUACAUCAACAAGCUGAUCAUCAUCAGAGAUCUGGUCAUGGCUGCUCUGGAGAAGCUGCAGCACAAAGGCUUCCUGCUGGAGGUGAGCCCCGAGCUGCUGUUCUCCAACCUGCCCUCCGUCCUCGAUGCCCACCAGCUCUUCUGGCAGGAGGUCAUCUACCCGCUGCUGCAGGAGGUCAGGAGGUCCGGGAAACCGUUCGACCCGCUGAGGCUGGAGGCCGGCUGCCUGCAGGUGAGACCGCUGCCUGCAGGAGUACUCAGAGUUACUCAGUACUCUCAGAGUAACUGAGUACUGACACCCUGUGGCCUCCUGAACCUGAAAUUGAACCCGAAGCUUCGGUGGUUUGUUUUGGAGCGGUUUGCUGCCUUCAGCUUCAGUUUCCAGCUGAGCUUGCAUUCAUUCUCUGUAUGUAGGACUUCCGCCGUCUGGCUGAGGUGUGAAAACAUUUACUCAGACACGAUGCAGAGUGUGGAGGCGCCUGUCUUCCUACAUUUAAGAAGAGAACUAUCACUUAUAUCACAUCUAUCUGACGGUUAUACUACACGUCACUUUGCAGGUUAACAUUUAAAAAAGAUCUAUUUGAGCAUUAAGUUGGAUGUUUGUCUCUAAAAUGUUCAAACGUGGUCAGAGUUUCCUCAAACGUCUGGUUUAGUCCAAAGAUGUUCAGUUUAGUGUCACAGAGGACAGAAACCAGAAAACAUUCAUCAAAGGAGCUGAAACCAGAGAGUUCAGACUGAUUCUAAUAAAAAGUGACUCAAACUGAUUCAGCAGUGAUCAGAUGGAGAUUAGUUCAGUAGCUGACUGAUUGAAUGACAGAUUGAACUGAACUGAUUCACUGAUUAACAGUUUGAGCUCGAUACAAAAACAUAAAGACAAACCGAAGCAACAGCAGAUCGACUAAAUCAGAGAGCUGCAAUACGACAUGGAACAGCUGCAAAUAGAGCAGAAAGAGACGGUAAAGCGUGGACCGGAUGAAGACGAACCACGGACACGGAGACAGAGCAUCACUGAAGGACGCAAAGAGACACAGAAAUAAACAGAGAACAAAAGAAAACAUGGACAUGAAUGGAUGAAACAAU